GCUCCGGGGGCUGGCGGUUGAGUUAAAAGGGCGGCGUGAAGUGGGGCAGAGGCGCUGACUCCCUCGAGGGGCAGACGGGCUCCGCAGAGAGACCUGGGCUAAUCGGAGGGCUGGGCAGUCGCCACUGUGUGAAGUUUUAUAAGGGCAAGUGCCGGUCUGCGCCUGGGAAAGGGUAACUCUGGACAAAUGGAAAAGCUGGUUGCUUGUGUACAAAAAAAGCCAGAUGCUGUUUGUAGACUGAUUUGCUUUCCGUGGGCUGGAAGUGGAACUUCACAACUUGCUCAGUGGGGUAGACUCUUCAAUGACUCAAUUGAAGUGUUCUGUAUAAGGCUUCCUGGAAGAGAAACUCGUGUUGAAGAGCCUUUUGCAAAAGACAUGACAAGUGUAGUUAAUGAAAUUACAAGUGUUUUGUUAAAAGAAUUGAAAGAAAAACCAUUUGCAUUUUUUGGUCACAGUUUUGGAACUUACAUGAGUUUUGCCGUUGCACUUCAUCUGAAAGAAAAGUAUGGACUGGAGCCAGUCCAUCUUUUCAUGUCAGCAGCACAUGCCCCAAAUUCUGCAGCAUAUCUUGCUGUAAAAAGCAUAGUCUUACCUGAUGGACACAGUGACCUUCUUGCAAUUAUGGAGAUUCUAGGAGGAAAUUUUGAGCUUCCACAUGAUGAAAACCUUUGGAGAGAUAUGGCGCUUACUUUCAAAGAAGAUGCUAGACUUUUUCAGACAUGUUCAUUUGAGAAGACAGAAAUUAAUAUCCCCUUCUCCUGUGAUAUUACCUACUUUUGUGGGUCUGAUGAUAAAAUAUAUGAUGCAAAAGGUUGGCGAGAACUAACGAGUGGAGAUACUUCCUUUUAUGAGCUUCCUGGAGAUCACCUUUAUCUGCUGAAACCAUCUAAUGAAAGCUUCUUGAUAAAACACAUGACAAGAAGCAUAGAAAAUGGUCUAUGAGUAUUUCCCUCAAUUUUAAUAGCAGAAUGUGUAAGGGAAGUAGGUGACCAACAGCUGGCACAGAGGUACCUCAUGGAGAUGAGCUACUGCCAGGACCACCUUCCACAGCCAUCUCUGAAACACAGGAGAGCACCAGAGUAAAGUGUAAAUUUACUCCUUUCGCCACUGUGAAUCACACACUCACAUCAACCUGAGGCUGUAGCCAUUCUCGCUGUAAAGCAGGGCUGAGUUUUGUUUCAUGCCCAGAACAUUUCAGAGAGAGACAGAUUUUGUAUAGUGACUACAGACCCAUCAGGUUACCACACUAUUCUAAUGAAGAAUGAUGCAAGCACUUUAACAUGCUAUAUGCUGGUUUCAACAAUUAUUUUAGCUUUUGAGUUGGAUCUGCAUUUACAGAAGCACAGUAUAUCCUGCACUAAUAUUUAAAAUGUACAAAACCAGUGUGUUGGUUUUGCAUGGCCUGGUUUUUGGUAGUUGGGGCAGGGGGGAUACAAGGGUGGCUUCCAUGAGAAGCUGCCAGAAGCUUCCAAUAUGUCCAGCAGACCCAAUCCCUGGUGGCUCCAAAGACGGAUGUGCUGCUGGGCCAGGCUGAUUAGAAAUUAUGGUAAUGUCUCUGUAGUAACAGAUGUAAGGAGGAAAAUAAACAAGAAGUGGUUGCCCAGUUGUAACUACGGCCGGAGAAGAGCAGAGCGAGAACGUGAGAGGAGCGGCCCUGCAGACAUCAAGGCCAGCGCAGGAGGGGCAGGAGGUGCUCCAGGCUCUGGGGCCGAGAUUCCCCUCAGGCCCUUGUGCAGGCCAGGGUGCAGCAGCUGUGCCCCUGCAGCCCACGGAGGGCCGUGGGGAUGCAGGGAUCCACCACAGCCCGUGGAGGAGCCUGGGAGGAGGCUGUGAUCCUGUGGGAGACCGCAGAGAGAGGGGCCCUGCUCCCAGGCUGGAGCAGCCUGUCCUUGGAGGACUGCACCCCGUGGAGGAGUGACCCACACUGCAGCAGUGUGGGGAGGGCUGUUCCCCAUGGGAUGGACUCACACUGCAGCAGGUCCCAGGGAGCUGCUGCUCAUGAGCUCACGUUGGAGAGGUUCACAGAGAACUGUCUCCCGUGCCACCCCAUGGUGCAGCAGGGGAAAGACUCCUCUCCUUGAGCAGCAGGAGAAGCCACAGGUAAUGAACUGACCACAACUCCAUUCCCUGUCCCCUUGCACUGCUGGGGUAGGGGGUAGAGCUGAGAAGGGAGGAGGGUGUUUAUAAGGGCUUAUUUUACUUUUAUCCUGCUCUGAUUUUGUUAGUAAUAAAUUAACCUUAUAGCUCUAAGUUAAGCCUGUUUUUGCCCUCAAUGGUAUUUGAUGAGCGAUCUGUCUCCUGGUCCUUAUCUCAACCCAUGAACCAUUUGUUAAAUUUUCUCUCCUCUGUCCAGCUGCAGAAGAGAGUGAGUGAGUGGCUUU